GCAAAGGUAAGGAUUUAUUAUGUGGAAAAACGAAAUAAUUUCUGGUAUUGUAGUCAAGUAUUUACAGCAUUUCCUUCCUCGGUAAUAAGAGUGUAGUUUCUUCACUUGUCUUUGUGAUUAGUCCACCUUUGACUGAUCAUGUCAGUGCUUCAGGCAUUGGAGGAAAAGUUAUCCAAGAUGCCAGCCCCAAUGCGAUUGAAGGAUCUGAUCAGAAACAUCCGAGCAGCUCGUACCGCCGCUGACGAGAGGGGUGUCAUACAGAAAGAGUUAGCCAUCAUCCGUAACUCAUUCCGUGAGGAGGAUAACACGUAUAGAUGUCGUAAUGUGGCAAAGCUGCUCUACAUCAACAUGCUGGGAUACCCGGCACAUUUUGGACAGCUGGAGUGUUUGAAACUCAUUGCGUCUCCUCGCUUCACUGAUAAACGAAUCGGCUACCUAGGAGCUACUCUACUGCUCGAUGAACGACAUGAUGUCCAUUUACUCAUGACAAAUUCCAUGAAGAAUGAUAUGGAACACAACACCCAGUAUGUCAUAGGCUUAUCACUCAGUUGCUUUGGCAGCAUUUGUUCACCGGAGAUGAGUCGAGAUCUCGCCGGCGAGGUGGAGAAACUUCUCAAGUCAACAAAUGCUUACGUCAAGAAGAAGGCUGCACUAUGUGCUGUACGUAUUAUCAGAAAGGUACCAGACCUAAUGGAGAUGUUUAUCCCUGCUGUCCGCUCACUUCUCAAUGACAAAAAUCAUGGUGUUCAGCUCACAGCAGUAGUACUCAUAACAGAAAUGUGUGAGCGUAGUUCAGAUACCUUAAUCCACUUUCGCAAGGUAAAGGAGAUCGUGCCAAAUCUUGUGAGAAUACUCAAGAAUCUGAUCAUGUCUGGUUACUCCCCUGAGCAUGAUGUAUCUGGAGUCAGUGAUCCAUUCUUGCAGGUGAGGAUUCUACGCUUGCUACGAAUCUUAGGUCGAUCCGAUAUGGAUUGCAGUGAAGCUAUGAACGACAUCUUAGCCCAAGUAGCAACAAACACAGAGACCAGUAAGAAUGUUGGCAAUGCAAUCCUGUAUGAGACGGUACUAUGUAUCAUGGACAUCAAAUCAGAAAGUGGACUUAGAGUCUUGGCUAUUAAUAUACUUGGAAGAUUCCUGCUCAAUAACGAUAAGAAUAUAAGAUAUGUGGCGCUGAAUACUUUGCUUAAGGUUGUACAGAGUGAUAUGAAUGCAGUGCAGAGACAUAGAAGUACUAUAGUAGACUGUCUCAAAGAUCCAGACAUCUCAAUUAAAAGGCGUGCCGUGGAGCUUUGUUUUGCCCUGAUUAAUACAAACAAUGUCCGGAGUAUGAUUAAAGAGCUGAUUUUCUUCCUCGAUAAAGCUGAUCCAGAGUUUAAGUCCUACACAUCAUCCAACAUAAUCUCAGCAUGUGAAAGACACUCACCUAAUAAGAGAUGGCAUAUAGACACAAUGAUGAGAGUAUUAACUGGAGCAGGUAACUACGUUCCUGAAGACUCAGUGUCCGGUCUGAUUCAGAACAUCUCAGAGACGUCUAGUUUGCACGGAUACAUUGUUCAGCAGCUCUAUAAAGGCAUGAAGGACGAUAUUAGUCAGCAACCCUUGGCCCAAGUAGCAGCAUGGUGUAUGGGGGAGUACGGAGACCUCUUAGUAGGAGGUAUCAUCGAGGAAGAAGAACCGGUACAGGUACGUACCUUCUACGUCCCUGCCUUAGAUUUGGACCAGCUCAGGCAAGCCGCAUACGACCCUGGCAAGACUGAACCUUUGCAGGUUUCAGAAAACGAGGCCCUGGAUUUGUUAGAGUCUGUCAUACAGGCUACCUCCUCAUCACAAGUUACCAAAGAGUAUGCGCUCCAGGCUAUCAUGAAGCUCAGUGCAAGGUUUACACACUCAGCAGAUCGCAUUAUGAAGAUGACAACACCUUAUACACAAAGUCUGGACACGGAAUUACAACAAAGAUCUGUGGAGUUUUCUGCACUAAUAUCAUCCCAUGAUCAUAUGAGGGCUGGAUUAUUAGAACGAAUGCCACCAAUGGAGAAGAAGGAAGAGAAACAGGUUAAUGGAGACGUUAAUGAGGAGGUCGAGGAGCGGAAACGAAUGAAACCACCAAGUAUGCAACAAGAGAGCAAAGGUUUAUUGGAGCUUAUUGGAGAUGGCACAGGGUCACCGGUUCCUAAUGCAGGUUUCUCAUUAACAUCACCGAGUCAACCUCGUAAGACAGAACCAUCAUCAAGUGGUGGAGAAUUACUCGACCUACUCGACACGUUGGACUUCAGCACUCCCGCUGCUACCAUGCCAGCACUACAACCCGUAUCACUCCUAUCAAGUCAAUCACCACCUCCUAACAUCAUGGAUGUCUAUGGGGGAUUAGAACCUAUGCCAGCCUCUCAACCACAAUCAGACCUUCUGGGAGGCCUUGUCAAUAAUAUAAAUCCAUCUAUACCUUCCAUCACAGCAGUAGAGAACGGCCCAGUUAAGAUAGAGUUUGCCUUUGAGAGGGACUCCUCCGACAAAGUUAGCAUCUUACUCAAGGCCACAAACUCCGCUCCUAAUCCAGUCACUAGUUUCUUAUUCCAAGCUGCGGUCCCAAAGACAUUCCAACUUGAGCUGUUGACACCAUCAGGUGACCUCAUACCCCCUAACAACUCUGGAGCAGUCACCCAAACUAUCAAGGUGAUGAACCCGUCCAAACAGGCCAUGAGGAUGCGCUACAAACUAGCCUUCAUGGUCAAUGGUAACGCCACCAACACCCAGGGAGAAGUCAAUAAUUUCCCACCCACGAUGUUCUCAUAGCACACGUUGAAUCAUUGGAUUGUAUGUCUGUAGGUAGGGUCCUCUUUAGUCUUAGUGCAAUUGUGUGGUGGAAUCAAGAUCCAAAGGUGAAAUGGUGACAAACAAAUAACAUAAUUUUUUAUACAAAAUUAAGAGUUUUCUUAAGAUAACUUGAAUCUUCCUGUAUGGUUUAAGAUGUUGGAUUUGUCUUGUAGGAAGACCGCGAAACGAGACGUGAUUAGAGUUACAUGCUUAGCAUCUGGAUGAGAUUGGCCUCGGGGCAUGUACUCACUUUAGUUAUACACACUGAGUCUAACUCCUAUCAGCUUUGUGCCGGUCGUUUUCUAGUAUCGGAAGAACUUGCUUGACGAUCUUUUUCAUAUUGCACUUCAAUAGAUAUGACAAUUAUGUACAAUUGAAGAGUGCAGGGGUGCAUUUUGCGGCCGUAACCAAUCAACUGUUUCAGUUGAAUUGGCCAUCUGUUAAUAACUGGCCAAUGACCAAACAGUUAUUGGUUAUGACCGCAUCCAGAUUUUAUUAAUUUGUGAUACACAUAUAUAAUCUAAGCAGUGAGUUUGGGGACAGACUAAAAGUAGCAUUAAAAUCAAAGCAUUCUGAUAAUAACCCAACAAACCCUCAGUUAAUAAAAACUAAUGAACCCAAAUAUAAAUAACUCCUUGGUAGAAUUCCAAAGAGUCGAUCAUGACAUGGCGACAUCAGGGCCCAAUUUCAUGGCUCUGUUUUAAAGACACUGGACACUAUUGCUAAUUGUCAAAGACCAGUCUCCUC